CUCUCCCUCCUCCCUCCCCCGUCUCUCCCCACCUCGUGAAAAGGGACUCGUUCGCCGGAGACGAGGAGAGAAAGCGAGUUCGAGAUCGAAGCCCUAGUCGUGAUCGCUACGAGAUCGGAUCGCAUUUCUGAGCCCCUCUCUUCGUUUCCUCGACAAAGGUGGCGAUUCACGUGCGAAUUUGGUAGGGCAAGCUCGAGAAAGAUCAAAAGUUGGUCGAUUGGAUCGGCGGAGGACCUCAGAUCUGGCGGCAGAUUAGAUCGGUGGAGGAAGGAUGGGCGACUUCAACCUAGCGCUGGUGAUCGUGGCGGUGGUCGUGUGCGUGCUGGUUCUCCUCGUCAAUGUCUACCUCCUCGUCAAUUACCAGCACCCGGACGACGUCAACCAGGCAUACUUCCCCAAGCUGGUGGUGGUUCUUGGCCUCUCGGUCGCGGCCAUCUCCAUUCUGAUGCUCCCGGCGGACGUCGCCAAUCGCCAGGCCUGUCAGCACGCUAUAUACAACGGCGCUUGCACUCUCACCCUCCCGAUGAAGGCUCUUUGGUUGGUCGUCUACAUCGCGGACGCUGUCCUUGUGUUCUUGGUCAUACCAUUCGCCAUGUUCUACUACGAGGGCGAUCAGGACAAGAGUAUUGGGAAGAGAUUGAAGAGUGCUCUUUUGUGGGUCCUGACGUCGGCCGUUGUCUGCGGCCUUGUGCUUGGAAUUCUUUAUGGACUCGUUGGUAAAGUGGAUUUUACAGUUAAGCACCUUUCUUCAUCUGCUUCAAGUUUCCCUAGUUCUUGGUCGACAUUCUCAAGUUCUCAACCUUGCAUAGGUUCAUCGAACCGUCUGUGUGAUGCAUAUGGAGCACCUGCUUCUUCAGAAACAACCUGGACAAUGCGAACCUCCUUUCCAGAAUAUCUGGUUGCCCUUGCGACAAUUGUUGGAUCAGUUCUUUUCACUAUAUUUGGUGGUGUGGGGAUUGCUUGUCUUCCGCUGGGCCUCAUCUUUUCAUUCAUAAGGCGCCCCAAGGCUGUCAUAACUCGGUCACAGUAUAUCAAGGAGGCAACUGAACUAGGAAAAAAAGCUAAAGAACUGAAGAAAGCUAUUGAAGCUCUUCAUCAAGAGGAGAGAAGUGGUUCUAAGGGUAGAAAAUGGCGCAAAAAUGUGAAAUCUGUUGAAAAGGAGUUGUUUCUUUUGGAAGAUGAUAUGAAAGCUUUGGAAGAAAUGUAUCCUCAAGGAGAACAGGCAGAGACUCUUUGGGCUCUAACUGUUCUGGGCUACAUGGGAAAACUUGUAUUAGGUGUCAUCGGGUUAAUUGUUUCAGUGGCCUGGGUUGCACAUAUUGUUAUAUAUUUGCUGAUCACCCCACCUAUUUCUCCUUUCUUAAAUGAAGUUUUCAUCAAGUUGGAUAGUGUCUGGGGCCUGCUAGGUACCGCAGCAUUUGCAUUUUUCUGUUUCUACCUACUCCUUGCUGUGAUUGCUGGGGAGAUGAUGCUUGGAUUGAAGUUGGUUUUCAUUACUAUACAUCCAAUGAAGUGGGGAGGAACUCUGAUGAACUCCUUUCUUUUCAAUGUGGGACUCAUCCUGCUUUGUUCCAUUAGCGUGAUUCAGUUCUGCGCCACAGCUUUUGCUUACUAUUCGCAAGCAACUGCUGCACAAGAAAUUUUUGGCCACACGCUGCAAUCUCUACGUGGAAUCAAGUAUCUAUACAAGUACAAUGUGUUUCAAUAUGGUUUUGUUUUCCUGGCCAUUAUCACUCUCUUCUGUUACGCCGCAUUUGGGUGGAAAAAGAGAAAACAGAGUGGCAGGUUCCAACUGUCAAGUUGAUCUCUGGUGCUUGUUGACGUUAUGUGAAAAGUUCUUCAACUGCUUUCGGAGUUGUACACGUUGGAUGGUUGCAUGUAUGAUCAUAUACAGGGCACGACCAGUUGACAAUGGUCGAUGUAAAUUAUCAACAAAUUGGUUUUUUGGAUGACUUAAAAGGAGCUCCAUAGACUGUUUGGUUCUCGUGGUAUCGACAUAUCUGAAAAAGGUGUUUUAUACUUGUAUUCUCUGGUAGGUAUUGACAGAAAAUAUUAUAUAUUCGUAUA